CCAGGAGAUUUUCAUCAUAUGCAAUAAUAUAGUUGUGCCUUUUGAUUAAACCCAUCUUAACGAUAUGUAACAACCAAUAUUUUUUUUAGAAAGAAUCUCAUCAGAUUGAUUUUCUGGAAAAUGCUUCCUCCUAGAGCCCUUUACAUGUACUGAAUAAAAAGAAAUUACUUGGUAUGUCAGCAACAAGAAAAAUGAUGGCUCAAAAUGUUCCUAGCAACAGGGUUAUUGCAACAUUUCCAUCUGCUUACAAUGUUGAGACCUCACCUUACAAAAAGAACAAUUUUCACCCGAAAGUGAAAACUGCCUGCUCAGAAAAUAGGACAGGAUGUGUUGGGUUAAAGAUCUGUAAGGCAGUUUUAGUUGGAGAUGUGGCUGUCGGGAAAACAUCCCUUGUCAACAGGUUUUGUCAUGAUGUAUUUGACAAAGAUUACAAGGCGACAAUUGGAGUGGACUUUGAAGUGGAAAAGUUCAGCAUUCUCAACACACCCUUCACCCUUCAGAUAUGGGAUACAGCUGGGCAGGAACGUUUUAAGAGUAUUGCCUCAUCAUACUACAGGGGAGCCCAUGUUGUAAUAGUUGUGUUUGACAUGUCGGACGAGGGCUCCAUUGCCAGUAUUUCCCGCUGGAUGGAAGAUGCUACAGCCAGUUCAAACAAUCCACUCAAGUUUGUGGUUGGAGCCAAGAAAGACCUUGUGUCGCAGGCGGCAUGCAGGGCCGUGGAGGAGAGAGUGUUAGAUAUUGCUCAAAGUCUUGGGGCUGAAUACUGGUCAGUCUCUGCUAAAACUGGUGAGAAUGUCCAGUCAUUUUCAUUUCGCUGUGUGUCUCUAACAUUUGAUGCGGCAGUGUUAAGAGAGGUUGAGUCAUCCGGAAAUGCUUCUCAGAAACAGAUUGGAGCAAUCAAAAUGGACAGAACAGAUUUAUAUGAUUCAAAGUCCAGUAAGAGGAAGCUGAAGGCCGACUGCUGUAAAGCCUAGAACUGGACCCCAGCUGGACGGACUGGGUAUUGGACAUUAAUCAGUGGUCAAGACAGACUGGUCACUUGUCAUUCCCCUGUGGUGUUCAAAGCGCUGCCAUGUGAUAAACUGCGGUUGUGAUAAGCAACAUUAUGUGCAUCCAAUGGUGUUUAUAUUCAUGUACUUUUACUGUAGUAUUUGUUUUAAUCAGUUUAUGGUUUGGUGUGUGUGACAGUCAGUCAUUAUUUUUCAAGUCUCAUCAGUAUAUUUGACUAAUGAAUUAAUUAAUAUGUGUUCUUUAAUUGAUUUUCUCCCUAAUGGAUACAUGUACCUCAAAUUUAUAUUUGCGACAACCCCAUCAUUGUUGGAUAUAUAUCAUUCAGAUUCCAGACAUAUCCAAACCAAAUGACUCAUUCAAGUUCAACCACAUUGCUAGUGCAAGUAUAUUAAAGAUUUGACUUGCCAUGGUCAGCCUGUCUCAAGUUCAACAUUAUCACUAGUACAAGUUUUUAACAGAUUUCAUUAGCCAUGGUCAGUCUGUCUCAUGUUCAACCACAUUGCUAGUACAAGUUUUAAACGGCUUUCAUUAGCCAUGGUCAGUCUGUCUCAAAUUCAACCACAUUGCUAGUACAAGUUUUAAACAGCUUUCAUUAGCCAUGGUCGGUCAGUCUCGAGUUCAACCAUGUUACAAGUACAUGUAUUCAAUAGGUUCAAUGAAUGGCCUUUCUCCCAUUCAAACAUAUCACUGUUAACAACUUCUUUUUUAAUAAAUCACAUUUUUAACCUCGCCUGAGCACAGUGUGAGCUAUUGUGAUAAGGUGAUUGUCUGUCAUCCGUCAUCAACAUUCUCCAUCAAACAACUUCUCCACGUACAACACAGAGACAAUUUCAACAAAACUUGGCAGGAGUGUUCCUUGAGUGGUCUUUUCCAAAUUCUUCCAUGCAGAACUCUUGAAAAUCUUUCUCUCCGGAAACCGCUGGCUUGAUUUAAAAAUAAUCCACAAGAAUGUUCCUUAGGUGACCCUGUAUCAAAUUCCUUCACCCCAUGUUGCUUCAUAUAAAAACAUAGCCACAAGGGGGCGGGGCUAAUUUUAUAAUAUGUCUAUAAUUAAAUACUCUCUUUAAAAACUAUCUGCAAAAUAAUAAAUUUUCAAAAUAAAUUAACAGAAAUGUUUCUAAGGUGACCUUCUGUCAAAUUCCUUCAACCCAUGUUGAUUCAUAAAAACAUGGCUCCCAGGGGUGGGCCUAGUUACCUUUUUUCGUUUAUAUGGAAAACUUUGAAAAUCUUAUCUCCGGAAACUAUUGACCCAAUCUCAAAAUAAUUCCACAGAAAUGUUCCUUAGGUGAUCAAUAUCAAAUUCCUUCACCCCAUUUUGAUUCAUAAAAAACCCAAAGCCGCCAGGAGUUGUUGCCCAAGAAUUGCCCUUCUAUUAUAGAAAUGUCUAGAGCACCUUUCAAGUUUUACUCAUGCGAGCGAUAUAAGGCCAUCAUGGCCCUCUUGUUUUUUUUCACAUGUAUGUUAUUAAUCCCAUUUUAAUGAAUUUUAUGCUUUAGAAUGAAAAAUUGUCUGUUUAUAUGCAUUUGAGAUUAAGCAUAUUAUUUACUUUUGAUAUUGUGCUUUUUAAUAUGCAUAUUUUGUUUUUGUUGUGACAGUCUCCAGGGGAAUCAAUUAAUCCUGCAAGUAUUUGAUGGGGUUUUGCGGAACAUUUAUUCCAUAGAACUUUAAAUGCAGUCUGAUAUGAUAACUAUUUAAACAUUCCAGUGUGCUGUUUGAAGCACUGUAUAGCAAACAUUUUGUAGAUUAUUCAUAAGUGAUUGAUUAAUUACUAUGCAUUUAUGGCUCAUUGUGAGUGUAAUUAUUGGUCACCCAGUCAGACUAGAUGGUUUCCUUUGUCAACUCAAAUUGUGGUCUGGUAUUGUGGGGUAUACCCCCACAAAAAAAAAGAAAAUGCAUUGCUUUUAUCAUUAUAAUGCAUAUAUGGAAUUGGACUGUCAAAAUUCCAUAUUUUAGACAGGGUGCUUCAUGCAGGGGUGUGCUUUUGCAUUUACGGAUGAUGUUUUUUAGAGGUAUGUUUUCGCAUUUAUGGAUAUUCUUUUCCAACAAUAACAAGUGUAGAACUUUAUUAAUAAAAACUUGUUUUUUAUGUUUGUGUGCAAUGUCUGUUUUUUUGUAUUUCAUAUCAUGCUUAAUUUAGCUAUAUAGCUUUAUACAUUUAGAAUUACAUUAAUUUUUUAAGCCAAAAGUCCUUCUGAUUUUAUUUAGAGAUGUUGCCAGGGGAUAUAAAAUUGCUUAUGAUCUAUAUAAGUAUAGACUAUAGAUAAGGAUGCUUCUGUAUAGAUACUUAAAUUGUACUUAUAUGUUAUAUUUUUCAUUGCAAAAAGAUCUUUGAAGUGUAAUAUGUGAGUGUAAAACUUAUGAAUGUAAUACAAAUGUUUGUUAAUGGAAAUUGAGCAGUAAAAUUCUUCCAAGCAUUGUUACAAGUGGUCUGAAAAUGAUCUUCCUAUUGCUUUUUUCCGCAAGUGCUUUCAUGAACAAUUAUUAAUGAGGCCUUUUACAAUUUUCAAGCCGUCCAUAUUUACUGUAAAUUUACAAAUACAUGUUCGUGUAUGUAUUGUAAUGGUACUAAAUAAAUGUAAAACUAUAUAA